CAAUAUAUAAUACAUGAAUCCAAUUUGAGAUUAUAUAAAUAACACGCUACUUUAUUAAAUGUCAAUCUGUUACUCGAAAGUGCGACUUGUGGGAAAAAUAUCUGUUUCGACUCAAUGAUGCAGGGCGCGUUCAAGAAGCUACAUCGUAUCUGUGUUCUGAACUGUUCCACAACUUUUAUGAGUGAAGGGACGGCGACAGUGGCUGGUGAGUUGUUUUGAAUGCAACUCGAUGCAAUAGACUAAGGAGUAGCCUUCUCUGAGCAGCAUCACAUUUAUGACCACUCACCAGACUAAAGGUAGAUGUGAAAAGCUGCUCCACGAAACCUUAAUUUGGAUGCUGAUUGCAAAUGUUCGGAACAGUUUUUAUAACAAUGCGGGAACAGUUCUGAGCGAGAUUUAUCAUCCACGGAUGGACCUGGUGCCUGUCGGCUGAGACAUCAUAUACAAUCCACGGCCAGACUGACGAGGCGGGACAGCCGACAGGAUGGUGGAGCGGUCGGACCGAGCCCCUCUGCUGGACUGGGAGGAGGUUCCGUCCGCGGAGAAGCCCGGCGUUACAGCACCGGCGGCAGCUCACGCCAAGGAACGACUGUCGAGCCCCACCAACAGCCGCGCCACAUCAGGAUGCUCCACGCCUGUGUUUGGGUGGAGCAGCAGUCCAGGAGGUCCCACGUCUGUCUCCGGCUCAGACGUCUGCAGCACCCCGCCCACGACCUCCAUCACCCCGGCGGGCACGGAUGAAGGGCUGCGUCCAGGCAAGGAGCAGUAUCUGUCGGAUUUAGGCUCGAGGGAGGUAUCUCUAGAAGACAGGAUGGUGACAUGGGAGGAAAAGGACCAGAUUGUGUCGGUUUUUGUUGUUACAUUCAAUACCAGAUCAGGAAACAUGCUGGAGUGGUGUCUGCCGAAAGACAUGGACCUGGAGGGAGUGGAGUUCAAAGCCAUCGCAAGUGGCUCCCACAGAGUCACCACAGACUUUAUCUACUUCCGGAAAGGCGGCUUCUUUGGCCUUGCCUGCUUUGCCAACAUGGCGGUGGAGAGCACGGUGGAGAGGGGGGCGAGGAUGAAGUCGGUAGGAAUCCUGUCUACUUCCUACACCUUACUCUACCGCUAUAUGAGCUUCCUGGAGCACCAGGUCAGGCUCCAACUCCACUCCCCAGGCCACUACUCCCCGCUGGAGGCCUUCUAUGAGGACAAGAGGGCACUGCUGCCCCCCAGUGGAGAUGGUAUUGUUACUGCAUGUCCAGCCAGUGCCUGGGGAGCUGCUAUCAACCACAACAUGCACCCUGAGAUGAAGAUCACGCACCCGGCAGGCUGUAUGUCCCAGUUCAUUCGCUUCUUUGGAGAGCAGAUCAUGGUGCUGUGGAAACUAGCUUUGCUCCGCAGACGCAUCCUCAUCUUCUCCCCGCCUCCUGUGGGUGUGGUCUGCUACAGAGUGUACUGCUGCUGUUGCCUGGCAAACAUCUCCAUCCCUGGGGUCAGCACCGCUGUGCCCGAGUUCCGCCCCUUCUUUUAUGUUAAUGUGGCUGACAUCAGCGCCCUGGAGAACGAGCUCUCGUAUGUAGCAUGUACUACCGAGAAGAUCUUUGAGGAGAAGAAAGAUCUCUAUGACGUGUACGUAGACAAUCAGAAUGUAAAAACCUACAGAGACGGCCUAAAGCCCCUGCUGCGCCUCAGCACUGCAGACCGGGAGAAAUAUCGCAAGCUCACAGAGCAGAGGCAGAUUCUGCUGUACUCUCAGGAGGAAAAUGGAGACUGUGUGUCCAGUGAAGAGGAUCUGUUUAUUCUGUUUUUCCUGGAGCAAAACAAUCGGAUAUUCCAGACACUGAGUGAGGUGGCGGGGAGCCCUGAUCCCACCUUGACACAGGAAAGUGUGCGAGCGAUGGGUCUGGAUCCUCAUGGGGACAGGCUCUUCUUGCUCCACCUGUUGGAAAUCUAUGGCUAUGACACUCUGCUGGUGUCGGAGCAGCUCUGCUGUAGCUGAAAGAGGAGACAGCUAGUCCUCUCUUUCUGUCAUCUCUGCUGAUCUUACAAAGGAAGUUGAUUUGCCUCGAGCCAACUCCCUAUGCUGCACUACUGGCUUCUUAAGAGUCUUCAGGACUGUUUGAGCCUCCAGAAACUUCUCUGGUAUAACUUAUUUUUGUUUUACGUCUCUGUCUGGCUUUUUGUUGACAAGAACAAGAACAGUAAGCUUUCUUGAGUUUAAGCUGUGCUUCAAACAGCUCCAUGGAUGGAGAUAAACUCACAUUUGAGGUGAAUAUGCCACUCUGAACGUGGGAGCAAUUCAUGAGGAACUUGAAAGUACUGGGACACGUAAAUUAAAUGAUAGAGCAGACUUCAUUUCAUAUGAAGUUUUGUGGUUUGGAGAUUUUCAGUGAACAAAACAGGUGAACUGGUGAUUAUGUGUGAGAGUGGCAGACUUUCUGUAAAUAUUUUUUUUUUCCUUUGUGUGUAACGUAUCAGCGUAUGUAUGUAUGUGAUAUGGGGUCCAACUCCCUGCUGUGUUGCUAUCCUAGUAUCAAGUGCUGGAUUUCCCAUUUCAAGUCUUUGCACCCGAGUCAGGGCCUCAAUUCUUAGAAUGUGUGGAACUACAGGUCAAACCUCGUUUGUCUUUAAGAUCAAUGUCUGUAACUACUGCUGUUUGGAAUGGGAAAUGACCAGUUGAUGGAUUUGGCCUAUUCAGUAUUUCCAUUCAUUGUCAUGACUGAUUAUCGCCCCUUUUGUUUGUGCUGAAACCAAAUCAGAUUUUCUUAUCGUGUCCAAAAGGCAAGAAAUGGUUGUACCUGCAUUUCAGGGUGAGCCGUUACACAAGCGGAACAUUUGUUGUCAAAGGGUCCAAUUGUUAUUUCUCAUUUAUAGACGCAAAUUUGUUUGACGGCCAUCAUACAGCCAAAGAAAUAGGAUUAAAAACAACAACGACAAUGUGAAAAGAUCACCUGUAGUAUUAAUCCCACAUUCAACCCUGUACAGAACCUCACAGCAAGUUUCAGCUCAUUGUUCAGCUUAAACAACAACCUGAGGGUUUUGGUUCACCCUCACUGCUUCUCGCAGCCUUGUUUUCAAUUAAAUAAAAAGGUGUUCAAUUAUGAGCAACAUUCAAAGCCUUUAACAAAUAUAAGACAUUGGAGUGUUAAAGGCAUGUUAAUGACAUUUUGAUGGUGUAAUUUUUGCAAAUAGUUUCAAAUCCAACAGUGGUCAUACCCUUUUGUUCAAGUAGCCACUACCUUAGUGGGCCUUCCAUUAAAUGCUGGACAGCCAGCACACACUAUUCACAAUUAACGGCUAGUAUUGUAACUUUUGACCGAUCACAAGUUGAUGCUGGGAACAUAGUUGAUCAGAGCAGAGACUGAACCACAGUAAAUUUCCAGUGAAUCCAUAUCUUGCUAGGAAGCUUUAAAAAAAAAAAAGAAAAAAAAAAAAAUGCUCUGAAGAACAUUUGUCAAAACCAGCAACCUCUUUCACAUGACACUCUUAUUUUGUCUGUUAAUAUGAAUUCUUGUGCUUAUUUAUGCAGAUUUUAGAUGUUUCUCCCUUUUGUGUGACAUUUUCAGAUUCUGCCAGAGGGCGUUCAUACAUCAGGUAUAGUUAAGAAAAUCAUGUAAAAAAAUAUUGAGGUUUGUGUUCAGGGGAAAGUCCUUUGCACUUACUAUUAUUGUAUCACGGGUGGUAAAUGGUGGAAAUACCAUAAAUGUGAAAAGGUUUUUUUAAUUUUUCUUACACAAUCAUGCUACCACAUUCAGUUUGGUGUUUUACUCAUGCGCUAUGCUGUGAACAAGUCACAUUUUCUUUUCCAUGUGGUUUUGUUUCUUUUUACUUAGUUGCUUUGUGUUGUUCAGAUGCAAAUAUAUGACUGUAAAUAUUCAAUUACUGUAAUGAUCUGUGAAGAAAUGGGAUCACUUGAAUGUGUUUUCUGAGACAAUAAUGAUCCCAUUGACCCUGUAUGUCACUGAAAUCCCCAAUCAAUCCUCACAUGUCCAACUGCACACUAAGAAAUUAAACUGAAGCAUAUUUUUCAUGCCACAUCACAGGGUGCUCCAGGCAUCCCGGCACAGAGUAAACAUCCGUGUAGUUGAAGGUCCAACUUAUGUUAAAACACUUUCACUUUAUUUAUUUUACUGUAAAUCAUCUCCAAAAUAAAGUGCACAGCCACUUGUGAAGAAAUCCUU